AUGUCUGACGUUGUCUUGCUUACAGGCGCAAAUCAAGGAGUGGAAUAUGCCAUCCUCCGGGUCGCCAGUGUGCGAGAGCCUCCCGCAGUCUACAUAUUCUGCAGUCGUGACUUUGAGGCUGGAAACAAGGCUAAGCAGGAGCUGCAGAUGGAAGGCGUCCAAGAAACGAUUGAUAGUAUUCGACUGGAUGUCACCAAUGAUGAGCAGAUUCUAUUCCUUCACACCAGGUCUACUCAAGACGGGAUUUACUAUAGCCUGGCGGGGAUUAAUCCGAAAGAUGAUGCGCAAGCUGUUGUUAGACUAAUUUUAGACGAGGAGGGAAAGGAUAGAGUGAUAGUCAGUUGGGAAUUGUACACGACUUACCAGGAUCUGAUGCAAGUCAUCAUUGGUGGGGGAAUUUAG